CAGACAUCCCCGAGCAGAAGCCGCCGUCGUCGCCGCCGCCUCCAACACUCGCGUCGUCGCAGCCGCUUCUCCUCGGGUCGCAACCAUGGUGGCCUCCACGAAGAAGGCGAAGAAGUCCGGGGACAACAUCAACAACAAGCUGCAGCUUGUCAUGAAGAGCGGCAAGUACACGCUCGGCUACAAGACCGUCCUCAAGACCCUCAGGAACUCCAAGUCAAAGCUAGUGAUCAUUGCUAACAACUGCCCUCCACUUCGGAAGUCUGAGAUCGAGUACUAUGCUAUGUUGGCCAAGGUCACUGUCCACCACUUCCAUGGAAACAAUGUUGAUUUGGGAACGUCCUGUGGUAAAUACUUCAGCGUCUGCUGUCUGAGUAUCAUUGACCCUGGCGAUUCUGACAUCAUCACCUCCACUCCAGCUGGCCAGUAACCAACCUUUUCACUGUCUUGUCUGAUGCGUCGUCUGAGCCGUUCUAGACUGUAGUUCUUGCUGGACUUGAUUUGGUCUCGUGUACAUUUAUCAGUCAAUCAAGUUUCGUGGGGAUAUCUUUUUGGAUCGGAAGUUUUGUCUCUGCCUGAGUUUAAUUGCACUUUGCUGCACUGCUGUCAUCAAAGUAUGGUUAUUCUGUGAUA